GACCGACCCUUUGCCAUCAUAUAAACUCUCUCACUCAUCAACAUCAAUAGUUACCCUCUCACGCAAGAAACAACAAUGGAAGACGCACCUGCAACAAACCCUAACGACGCCAUCAUCGCACAGUUCUCCAACAUCACAUCUGCUUCCACACAAGAAGCCACCUUCUACCUCGAAUCACACAACUACGAUCUCGAUUCCGCCCUCUCCACCUUCUUCGAAGCCACCGCCGCAGACGACGCCGACGCCGGAGAACACGCUCUUCCGGAGAACACUCGUUCUCCGGUGUCUUCAUCACCGUCUCGUUCGCGAUCAAUCUCUCCGCCUCCGUCGCUAGGGUUACAGCAAUUGGACGGUGCAAAUCCGUACAAUUUGCGGUCGAGGAAUACUGGUGCGGAGAAGAAGGCGUCUGGUAGUAGGUCUAGUGGACGGAUUCGGACUUUUUCGGAUCUGAAUCGGACUGGUGGUGACUCCGGGAGUGAUUCCGAUGAGCCUCAGGAGUAUUAUACUGGUGGUGAGAAGAGUGGCAUGCUUGUUCAAGAUCCAAGAAAGAUGAAUGAUGUGGAAUCUCUGUUUAAUCAAGCAAGACAAGCAGGAGCUGAAGAACGACCUCUUGAUCAAUUUCAACCGUCUUCAAGCUCUAGAAGCUUCGCUGGAAGAGGAAGACUUUUAUCUGGAGAGACGACAUCAGCUCCACCUCAGCAACCGGAACCUCUCACACACACUAUCACUUUCUGGACCAAUGGUUUCACUGUAAAUGAUGGCCCUUUGAGGAGGCUUGAUGAUCCCCAAAAUGCAUCAUUCUUGGAGAGCAUAAGGAAAUCCGAGUGUCCAGAAGAACUUAAGUCUGCAACAGGAAGAGCUCCCGAUCAUGUUAGUCUUGUAAGAAAGUUGGAGGAGUAUCCUGUCCAGAAACACCGCCAGGCCGCCUUUGUGGGGGUCGGUAGAACACUUGGCUCCACCACUUCAGAAGACGCCACUGCCGCCAUCCCGGCACCUGCAACCGCAGCCCCAACCCCAUUUGUUGGGCUAGUUGUUGAUAACGCAUUACCGUCAACCUCUAUUCAACUUAGACUGGCUGACGGGACUCGUAUGGUUUCACGUUUCAAUUUCCAUCACACGAUAAGCAACAUUCGCUCUUUCAUUGAUGCAUCAAGGCCCGGUGGCCCUCGGGCUUAUCAGUUAUUGACGAUGGGGUUCCCGCCAAAACAGCUUAAUGAUUUGAACCAGACAAUUGAAGAAGCCGGGUUAGCCAAUUCGGUUGUGAUCCAAAAGCUCUAAUAUGUUUUGCACUAAAUUUGCUACUUGUUCUUGUAAUUUUUUUGGAUAGUGAACCUUUGGGUUAUAUUGACGCUUGUUAUUUUGAAUGGUUACAUUAUUAUAUUAAGGUUAUUUUUAA